GACGUGACUGCGGUAGUGGCCAGUGGGGUGGGCUUAUGCUUAUUCCCACUCGGCGAUGCCACCGGGGUCCCGGGGCCUACAGUGCGCAGGCACCGCGACAAUGCUAGCGAAGGGCGGGGGCAUUGUGCACGUCUUUGCAUACGGAAGCCCAAGCCGCAACCCUCCUGUCCCUCUCGCACCCAUGGGGUGUCCCGCUCUGGCGCGAAAGAAGCGGAAUCCGUCUGCUGCCUCGUGGGGUAUAAGACUGGCGCCGCCCCUGGGUCGGCCUCAGACUCCGCCGGCACCUCGCUCCGCCAACACGCCAAGAGCCGCACCGCGACGGCCGACUGAGGACCACCGACUGCCACCACCUCCAGCGAGACAUGAAGACAGCCAGGGGCGGCGCGGGGGGCGGGCUGCUGCUGGUGGCGGCGCUGCUCGCGUUGCUGGGGGCGUGCUGGGCGUGCCUCAUCACCAACUGCCCCCGCGGCGGCAAGCGGUCUGGCAGCGCGGUGGCCGUGCCGGGGGCGGUGUCAGGGCGCAACCGAGAGGUGCAGUGCGCGGCGUGCGGCCCCGGCGGUGAGGGUCUCUGCAUCGGCCCGGGCAUCUGCUGCAGUCCGCUGUUCGGCUGCGUGAUGGCCUCGCGAGGCACCUGCACCCGCGCCGUCGCCUUCCCGCCGCACUGCGCGCCGCCGCCGUCCGCCAGCGGAGCCAGCACGGCCUCGGCCGCCUCGGCCCUCGCGGGGCUGCCCCUGGACGCCCCCUGCGGCGCCGACCUCACCCCCGACGGCAGCGCGCCCGGCAGGUGCGCGGCGCAGGGCGUGUGCUGCACCCACGACUCGUGCCGCAUCGAUGCGGUGUGCCAGUCCCUCCAGUCCAGAGAAGACAACGAGGCGGGCUUCGACACCGAUUUCCUGCUGACUUCGCUGCGACGCUUGGGCUGACGUCCAACGAGCCCAACACACACACGCAAGCAUGGCAUCCAAAGUGUCUUGGAACUGCAGCACCCUUCACAUUGAAAUGUCGGUCUCCUCUCUGUUUUUAUUUAUCAAUAAAUACAUGUAAAUGCA